AUGCCCUCUCACGUGCCAAGCCAAGCUCCCAUGCAAGUGGAGUCGGGCGCGUGCGGGCCGUUCACGGUGGCGCAGUGGCAGGAGCUGGAGCAGCAGGCGCUCAUCUUCAAGUACCUCGUCGCGGGAGCCCCUGUUCCGCUGGAGCUCGUUUCGCGCGUGCGCUUGUCCAUGCCGCCGCUGCCAUUCGGCCUUCAGACUUUUCAUCCUAUGGGAGCCUUUAUGCCAUCGUUCUGGGGGCCGUCGAUGCAGGUGGAUCCGGAGCCGUUCAGAUGUCGCCGGACAGAUGGCAAGAAGUGGCGGUGCGCCCGCGAGGUGGUGGCGGAGCAGAAGUACUGCGAGCGCCACUUGCACCGCGGGCGCAACCGAGCGCGCAAGCUCAACGACAAGGCCACGCCCGGAACCUCCCUCGUGGCUGACGACGGGGAGACCACCCCCACAGCCACCACUGCCACCACCGCCACCACCGCCACCACGGGCACUGGUGCCGCGGAUGGCUGUCUCACGAGCGACGGAGUGAGAGCCAUGGAGUCUGUGGACGAUGGGCGGGGCGCCAGCACGGGUGUGAUGGACGCUAGUGCAGGGGGGGCCGGAGUGGGGACUAGCGGUGGGGCUGGCGGGGUUGUUGACAGGGCGGGCAGUGCGUCGAGUGGCAACAGCAGUGGAGACGCUGUGUCUGCGGGAAGGGAGAACGACGCGUGUGGACGGAACGAGGGAGGGCGAGUGGAGGGGAAUGGUUGUGGGAAGAAGAGUGGGAUGGCGGGUGAGGGUAAUGAGAGAAGGGAAGGCAAGCGGUGUCAGGGUGUGUUGGUGGCGUCAGCCUCUGCUGCUGGUGCGGCUUCUGAGCCUGCAGGUGUCGUCUGUGUGCCUGCAGCCGUCGUGUGUGUGUCUACUACAGAUGUGAUUUCCCCAGUGCCUUUGCCCACAGGAGUGGUGUCUGUGGUGUCUACACCCACAGGGGCAGUGGCAGGCGGACACCCUCCUCCUCUUGCUCUCCCACCCCCUGCUCAUGCUGUGGAGGGCCGCGCUCAGCAGGUGCCACAGCAGCACCAGAACCAACAGCAGCAAAGGUUGCCUGCUGGUUCCCCUCUGGCUGGGUCCCUGCCUGGAGUUGUUUCCGUGGUACAGUCAAGCCCGAAACUAACCCAACCUGGAAGCUCCACUCAACCCAACACACUUGCUUCUCCGCCUGCUGUCGGCCCUGCUGUUGUUGCUGCCAUGGCUGGUGCAUCGCCAAAGCAGCGGGAAACGGGGAGCAUGCAGGGAUCCACCAAAAUUAGUGGAUCGACUGUGCAUGACAGUGCUGCUGCUACGCUCAUGAAAGGGGACAAGCCCAUUGGCGCUGCUCCAAUGGAUGUGGAUGCACAGAAGCAAGGGAGCCAGUGUGUGCUACCAUCCCCGUUUCAUGGUUCGGAUGGUGGGAGUGGUGCACAGAGCCCAGUGGACAUCUCUCCACUUGGGCCUGGGUCGCGUGUAUCGGAGGAUCUGGACCAGGAGUACCCCGUGAGGAAAGACGUUGACGUCACUCAAGUCAGCAAGUUCCGUCCCCGGGUGAAGAAGAGGCUGUCAGCGGAGAGAUGGGAGGCGUGCCAAGACGAAUUCGGCCGAGUGUGGGCCAUUGAUGCUGCGCUCAAGCACAUACAGCGAGGGGGCGUGGAGCCCAGCGUUCGAGGCGAGGUGUGGCCGUUCCUCUUGGGGCUAUACUCUCCCAACAGCACCCACGAGGAGCGGGACGCCAUGCGAGAAGCACGACGGGAUUUCUACGCUCGGUUGAAGCAGGAGUGCAACGAGGUGGAUCCGGUGGUGGGCAGUGGCGUGGUGGUGGACUUCCCCCGUGUGCUCGAGGACGGCUCAGACGUCCCCCUCCCCUCCUACUACAAUGGGCCCCAUAUCGACGACCCUUCCUCCACACAUAUAGAUGCGAAUGGAGGAGGGAGGGAUGGGGGAGGGGGGGGAGGAGGAGGAGCAGCAGGGAGGGGCGGUGGGGAGGGGCAGAGUGCGGUGCUGACGGAGCGGGAGAGGCUGGUGGGGCGGGUGGGGGAGGAGCGGGUGCGCAAGUGGCGGCUGGGGCUGCAUCAGAUAGGAGUGGACGUGCAGAGGGCGGACCGCACGCUCGUGUUCUACGAGGAGGAGGGGAAUCGGUUGGUUGGGGGGGUGCACGCAUGCUGGCUGGGGCUGCAGCAGAUAGGAGUGGACGUGCAGAGGGCGGAUCGCACGCUCGUGUUCUACGAGGAGGAGGGGAAUCGGUCACGUCUGAUGGAAGUUUUGGCGGUCUAUUCCUGGUUCGACCCCGAUAUAGGAGUGGACGUGCAGAGGGCGGAUCGCACGCUCGUGUUCUACGAGGAGGAGGGGAAUCGGUCACGUCUGAUGGAAGUUUUGGCGGUCUAUUCCUGGUUCGACCCCGAUAUAGGCAUGGACGUGCAGAGGGCGGAUCGCACGCUCGUGUUCUACGAGGAGGAGGGGAAUCGGUCACGUCUGAUGGAAGGUUUGGCGGUCUAUUCCUGGUUCGACCCCGAUAUAGGCGUGGACGUGCAGAGGGCGGAUCGCACGCUCGUGUUCUACGAAGAGGAGGGCAAUUGCUCCCGCCUCAUGGAGGUGCUUGCUGUGUACUCGUGGUUCGACCCUGAUGUUGGGUUGCCAAGGUGGGAUGGGCGACAGGUGAUGGGUGCUGUCAAGGGUGCUGCCAAGGUGGGUGCUGCCAAGGUGGGUGCUGCCAAGGUGGGUGCUGCCAAGGUGGGUGCUGCCAAGGUGGGUGCUGCCAAGGUGGGUGCUGCCAAGGUGGGUGCUGCCAAGGUGGGUGCUGCCAAGGUGGGUACUGCCAAGGUGGGUGCUGCCAAGGUGGGUGCUGCCAAGGUGGGUGCUGCCAAGGUGGGUGCUGCCAAGGUGGGUGCUGCCAAGGUGGGUGCUGCCAAGGUGGGUGCUGCCAAGGUGGGUGCUGCCAAGGUGGGUGCUGCCAAGGUGGGUGCUGCCAAGGUGGGUGCUGCCAAGGUGGUAUGGGUGGGUGGUGGCUUCCGUUCCCUUCUCUCGCCCCGCAACCGCCCGUCACAUGGAAUGCAUUUCCCCGUGCCCAUUGCAUCAACUCCCUUCCUUCUCCCUCCCUACCAACCCCCUAUGGCAUGUCGUGCAGGCAUGAGCGACCUCAUGUCGCCCUUCAUCGUCACCUUCCCCAACAACGCUGAUGCCUUCUGGUCCAUGGACAUGGGGGGGAGGAGGGAGGGAGGGAGGGAGGGAGGGGGGGGAGGGAAGGAAGCAGGCAUGAGCGACCUCAUGUCGCCCUUCAUCGUCACCUUCCCCAACAACUCUGAUGCCUUCUGGUGCUUCGAACGCCUGCUGCGCCCCAUUGUAGGUCCACGGACAUGGGGGGGAGGAGGGAGGGAGGGAGGGAGGGAGGGGGGGGAGGAAAGGAAGGAGGGAACCAAGCGGAGCGACUUCAUGGGCACGUCAGCCAGCAUAGGCGUGCAGAAGGAGAUCGAUAACCUCAAGAACAUCACGCGUGUGCUCGAUCCUGAGCUGUUCGCCCAUCUAGACGAGAUAGGCGCCGGCUCCAUGUUCUUCACAGUGCGCCCCAUCAUGGCCAUGUUCCGCCGAGAGCUCUCCUUUGCCGACUCCAUCUACUUUUGGGAGAUGAUGUGGUCGUGGGACUAUGACGCGCGGGACGCCGAUCUACUAGCCAUGGCGGACCAAUCCGUGCUUCGCCACACCAUGCACUUCCCCCACUCCACCGCCUCCCCCCACGCCCUCCACCAAAACUCGUUCGCGGCCGCCACCACCGCUGCUGCAGAAGCAGCUGCAGCAGCCGUGGCAGCGUGUGAGGGCUCUGGCCUGGAAGCGAUCCCGUCUGGUGCGGCCAAAGCUGCUGCCAAGGCUGCUGCUGCCGAAGCUGCUGCGGUGGCUGUGACGUCCUCUCAGGGAUCCGGGGCGGAUGGGGUGACGCCUGGUGCGGCCCGGAUGGCUGGUGCUGCGGCUGCAGUGGCGCGGGUUGCUGGGCGAGAGGAGGAGGGGCAGCAGGGGGGGAGAGGGAGACCAGGCACACGGUCCACUGCUGCUGCAUGGGCGUCUGUGGAAGCAGCAGUCACCUCAGGCGCCCUCACCGACACCAAAAGGAAUUCCUCCUCCGACCCUGUGUCCUAUCACCCCAUACCAUCACCCAUCAUCACCCAUACAGGCACACGCUCCACCGCGGCUGCAUGGGCGAGUGUAGAAGCAGCAGUCACCUCAGGCGCCCUCACCGACACCAAAAGGAACUCCUCCUCCGACCCUGCCGGUGCCACUGCCGGCAAGCUAGCUGCUAGUAAGAGUGCCAAGUACCUCUCCUCGCCGCGCUCUGCUGUGGCUCUCUGGCACAAGGCGCAGAAGCUCGCAGGGCCCGUGGGUACGGCCGCUGCUACCGCUGCCAUGCCGGCUGAUACUGUCGCGUUUGCUGUCUCGGCGUUUGCCGGCCGACCAAUCACACCGUCGUAUGCUGCCGGUGCCGGUGGUGCCGGUGCCGGUGCUGCUGCUGGUGGUGCUGCUGCUGGUCCGUCGGCGGGGGUGGCGGUGCCGUAUGUGCGGAGGGAGGAGCAGGAGCGCAUGACCACGUUCUGUGUGCUCGCCAUUGUGCUUAAACUGAGGGACGAGUUCAUUGAUGGCGCCUCUGGGCUCGACGAUGUGGUGGAUAGGGAGGAGCAGGAGCGCAUGACCACGUUCUGUGUGCUCGCCAUUGUGCUUAAACUGAGGGACGAGUUCAUUGAUGGCGCCUCUGGGCUCGACGACGUGGUGGAUGUGAGUGUAACGGGGGGUUCGGGGUGGGGGGUUGUAGUAAGGGGGGAGAGAGGGGGCGGGUGGGGUUGGAGUGGUGAAGGCCAGGGUCCCAGGGGCUGGGAGGAGCAGGAGCGCAUGACCACGUUCUGUGUGCUCGCCAUUGUGCUUAAACUGAGGGACGAGUUCAUUGAUGGCGCCUCUGGGCUCGAUGACGUGGUGGAUAGCUUCAACGCAGCAGCGGGGUCAUGGGAUGUUAAGAAGCUCUGUAAACGAGCUGUGGACCUGCACCGCCAGUACCUUGUACUGAAACUGGCUGCGCAUGAGCUAGGUUGGCAAUUCUCAGCAAGCCUCAGUGGCGCUCAGCAGUCCACAGCGGUGCUCAGUGGUCCUCAGCGGUGCUCAGUAGCAGACUAA